UUGGCUUGGAAACCGUCCAAAUUUACGGUACACGGGGACAACAGGAUUCAAAACCCUCCAAUCAAGUCAUCCAAGGAGAUGAAGAAAAAUGUGCCUCGUGGUACAUAUGACUAUGUCGGCAGUGACGGUGGAAUCUUGGUCGUCAGAUGGAAGGACAACAAAACGGUGACUCUGCUGUCAACAGACAUAGGGGUGGAGCCUAAAUCCUCAGUCAUGAGGUACUGCCAUGAGACAGAGAGGAAGGAGUCUGUGAGCUGUCCAGCUGUCAUUAAGAGUUACAAUGCCAACAUGGGGGGCAUUGAUAAGAAUAUGUUGUUCUACCUUUACCGUACCCCCAUGAAGUCCAAGAGGUGGUACCUGCCAUACACCAUUGAUCUUAGCCUCUCAAAUGCCUGUAUUGUCUACAAGCGGGACUGCAAGGCCCUUGAUAUGAAUGCCAUGUCUCUGAAAGAUUUAAGAAUCAACAUGUUCAUGAGUGCCAUUAGCCUAAGGUCAAUAUAUCCCGGAGAAGCUCAUCAUGUUCUUCUGACCACCAAUUACUAUAUUCCCCCUCCAGUCCGAGUACACCACAGCAACACCCAAAUUAUGCAGUGUGAUCUGAUCUGUCCCUCUUCCAUGUCCCUGUCCAUGCCAAACGCCAGACCUGCAAGUUUUGCAGCAAACAAGGAAACAUCGUGAGGUCAAAUGUGGUCUGCAAGGUCCACCUCUGUCUGAAAGCUGUGCGUAACUGCUUCAAAGACUACCACUAGUAAUCUAAUGUUUCCUGCUGUCGCGGGAUAUGUUAUCUGGUAUACAUUAAGUUAAAAGAAUUAUUAAGUUAUUAAGUUAAAAAGUUUAUAAUUUAAAUAAAAACCCUAAUAAGCCAAGUGGAAAUACUGAAAAGUACACACAUUUUAGUGCACAUGUUAAAACUAAUGUUCGGGGUUGUAUAUUGCUGCAAAAUAUGUAUUUAUUUCACUCCGGUUUGCAUGAUUUUUCUUAUAGAAGAACAAUUUGUAAUAUCUUUUUACCAUAUCAUGGCAAGUGACUGUUUUUGGUAAUGUUUGGCAUGAAAAUUAUUAUUAUUAUUAUUAUUUUUUUAUUGCUAUAGAAGUAAUAUCUUGUUCUGUCCUCCUACAACUCUCUUGGCUUAAAACCUUUAAUUUCAAAGUAUUUCAAUGAGUGCCCUAUAUAGGGUUAAGGACACUGUUGCUGCUCGGUAUCGGCUGGCGCCUUCUCUGCUCUCUGUCUCUAGGAACUCUUGUGGGGCGUCGCCCACCACAAACUGGAGAUUUACCUCCUGUUUGGAUUCAACACUUUCCUUCUGGAUCGGACUGAACUUUACAUCAGGUCAAUGACUUUUGCUCCAAGUCGUGAUCAGCCCGACAAACCAGUCACUGACCUGUAUUUCCUAUUUCUGCAG